GGAGGAGUGCUAGGAAGGAGUGCAGAGGAGGAGGAAAAGUUUACUGGUAUUUCUUCCAGUGUCCCAGUGCCUGUUGGUGUAUUCUGGACUUUGGCCUGAAGCAGCUGUUCCUGUUCAUCGUUUCAUAGAGAUCUAGCACCAUCUGCACUAUAUCUAUCUUCUUCCGGACAAGUCAACACCUCCAUUCAGCUGCUCACAACAGUGAGAUCCUAGAGUUGGUAUUUCUUAGUAGAGAACAAGGGAAAGAAAGCAAAGGAUUCAUCCUCAGGCGUACUAGAGGAGAAGAUCUAACAGUCUGUCUCUGCAAAGAGAUCAAGAUAUCUUUUGGUACAGAUAAGAGAAAUCUGCCAUCAAGAACAUAAGGAACUUUUGCUGCUCGCCCAGGUGGAAGGACACCAACCAGCAGAAAGAAAGAGGUCUGAUCCCUCUAAAUUAAACAAAGUGAGAUAUCCAUUUUCAAUCUUUGCAAUAGUGAAGAAAAACCUCCCCUAGAGGAACCAAAACUCAGACUUAUCCAUCAAUCUGUGGAUCACAAGGCCUUUGAAGGAAAAAAAUUUAAAGGAAGAAAGCAAGCAAGAGUCAAUCCACAUUUCCCAGGCUUCUACCAGCCUAUCAUUCUACUAAUCAAGACUAGAGACAUAAAAAGACCCUGUCCACCAAAUUCUGUCCACCUUUAAUAAAGCAGACAUCUCAAUUCAGACAUCUGCACUUCAAGAAACGUUGAUCUCCAGGCACUAAUUGCAGGCAACUCCUGAUCUUUGUACUAAGGUUUGUCAUCACAGAGCAGAUCUCCCCUAGCUGCCUAUGGCUGACUGGAGCUUGCUGGGUAAUUUCCUGGAAGAGGUGCAGGAGCACUCGACCUCAGUGGGCAAGGUGUGGCUCACCAUCCUUUUCAUCUUCCGCAUCCUAGUGCUGGGCACUGCAGCAGAGUCGUCGUGGGGUGACGAGCAGGAGGACUUCACAUGCGACACAGAACAGCCAGGUUGCGAGAACGUUUGCUACGACCGUGCCUUCCCCAUUGCCCACAUACGCUUCUGGGUGCUGCAGAUAGUCUUUGUAUCUACACCUUCGCUUAUCUACAUGGGCCACGCCAUGCACACUGUGCGCAUGGAGGAGAAGAGGAGGCAGAAGGAGCAGGAAGCUCAGGCAGCUGAUGGUGGAGGAGGGGGGGGAGGAGGUGGAGGUGGUGGUGGUGGUGGAGGUGCAGAGAAGUACCCAGAGGAAGAAAGGGAUUGUGAAAAGGAAGAAGCCAGAGGGGGAAAAGUGCAUCUGAGGGGUGCGCUGCUGCAGACGUAUGUCCUGAGUAUCAUGAUCCGCAGCCUAAUGGAAGUGAUCUUCAUCAUAGUUCAGUAUGUGCUUUAUGGAAUCUUCCUCGAGGCACUAUACCUGUGCAAGGGGCCUCCUUGCCCACAUACGGUCAACUGUUACAUCUCACGGCCCACUGAAAAGAAUGUCUUCAUUGUGUUCAUGCUUGUGGUGGCAGGUGUGUCUCUGUUCUUGAGCAUUGUUGAGCUCUACCACUUAGCAUGGAAGCAGUGCAAGAAGUGUGUCACAGAACACCAGGCCAGAAAGCAUCAAAGAUCCAAUACAACAUUGGCUAUAACCUCUGCUUCUCUAGAACCUUCCACACCAAACCGAGCCUGUACCCCACCCCCUGAUUUCCAUGAGUGCCUAGCAACAUCCACUCCACCUUCACACCUAUUUCAGACGAAAAUGCACACACACUCCCACACACAUCCAAGCUGCCCACCAUUUACCAACCACCUGGCAUACCAGCAGAAUUCUGCCAACAUGGCAACAGAGCGCCACCGCGAUCAUGACAGUAUAGGGCCUGAAGACUUUCUCAAGAUGAGCUUCUCACAGGAAUCCACGAACAUGCCCAAUAUGUGUGUUCCACCCACACUGCUAAGCAAUGGAUUCUUGAGCGAAAAACGACGGUGCAGCAAGAGCAGUGGGACCAGCAGUAGAGUGAGACCUGACGAUCUGUCGGUAUAGUCUUAGGUUAGGCAGCCAUAAAAUGAUGCCAUAAAUUACUGUAACGAAGUAGUAAGUGUUGUACGUGAGCUAGUGCAUUAUGUCAAGUAAACAUCAAGAUUACAUGAAGACCGAUCUGCUGCAAGAAAAGUAGAUUACAUUAAUUCCAUACACUACAUUAUAUUUACCACAGGUCUAUAUGAUGUCUAGGAGUGGCCAUGGGAUAGUGAUAAUAACUGGGGCCCUUAACUCAUUCAUUCAUUCAUUCAUCAUCAGUAACCUCUUUAUUCUGGUAAGGUUUGUGGUGGCUUCACCAUCUAUCCUCGGAACACUGAACACACCUUUUAAUAGAAUGCUAGUCUAUUACAGGUCACUAUGCACACACAUAUUCACACCUAGAGAAAUGUAGGGCAGCCAGUCCACCCACUGGCAUGUUUUUGAGGUGUGAGGAAACCAGAGAAGCUAGAGGAAGUCUAUGUAGACACGGGACAACACACAAAACUCUGCAGCUCUGUACCAAAUCAUGUCCAGGAUCAAAUCUGCUGUGUCACUAUGUUGCCUGGGACCCUUAACUGUGAAUAGAUAAACCGGUAUAUAUUUCACUGGACCCAGGUCACCGCAAAGCUUAAACCAAGCUGGAGUUUAUUACAGACAUCACUGUUACAGGUUUUAAUUGCAUAUCUUCGGAAUAUAUCACGAAGCCAAAAACUUUCAAACCUACAUUUGCUUUAUUUUGCAUUAAUCUAGGUUAAAACAAAUGCUCAUAUGGCUCAUCCAAAUGAAGAUUGUUGAAUGGUAGAACCUCCUCACCCAAUAUCAUUUCUUUAUUAUGCAAGUAUUUUCAUUACCAUAAGUUAUCAAAAGUUACACCUUUGGUUUCUAUAUGUAAAUGUUAACGUGUGAAUUAAUAUUAGCUAAUAAUAGUUCAUUUAUUUUCAGCCUUUUUUAAUAAAUCUGAAACAGCUUUAAACAGCUGAAAUGACUAUUUUGGGCAAAUAUUAAAAACAUGUUUAAUUAUGUGUUAAAUGAUUAAAAGAACAGAUUACCUCCAAAUAAAAAGUGAUUUCCCUUAAAUUAUGAGCAAACAUUUUACAAUUCAAAAAUUAUCUGUACUAUGUAUGUAAUUUCUUUCUCAAGGUGUUCAUUCCAACUAAACAGGUAUGUUUAUCCUAGCACUGCUAUACCAUACAAUACAGGUUCCAAACCCUGGUCCUGUAAUACUCCCUGUCCUGCACAUUUAAGAUAAGAUGAUUAUUUUAGUGUGUCCCCUGCUCUAACAUACCCACUUCAGCUCAGGAAGAGCCAUUAAUUAGCUGAUUAGUUGAAAGUGUGUUGGGAGAAGAGAAAACACUAAAAUGUGCAACACCAGGCUUGGGAACCUGUCCUAUUAAACAUUGCCAAGGAUUCACUUCAACCACUAGAUGGCAACAAAUUUCAGUCCAUUUUUCCCCAGUGUUGCUCAACCCUGACCGUAAAAUAUUUAUCCAAAUUCCCCUGCAAUGCUAAAAGGUCUCAUCUAUCCAACGAAGCUCUCACGUUCUGGGAUUUCUUGGCCAGGGAAAACAGAAACUGACAUGCUUGUGUUUCUGCAGCUGCUAAAUAAUCAUACCAUGUUCUAAAAUUAGGCCUGUAUGCCAUUUGUCCCCUAUGCUGGGUAAUUAUAGAAGUACAGAGCUGAAGCUUGGGAGCGGCAUAGUGGGAAUGUCACUAACUGAUGUACAUUUAGUACGCAUGCGUGAAAAUGGUGUGCAGUGUGCAAACUGAAUGCACUACUGAAUGCAGAUUAGGCAGUAACUUUGGAAUAGGACUGAAAUAAGGGUUACGAUUAUACAAAACUCUGACUCUUAACAGUGAAUAAUACCAAUCAAGGUUUAUGAUGAAUGAAUGCAUGUAUGUUCAAGUUAUUCAGAUGAUUGUGUGAUUUAAAAAGAAAAAAGUUUUAAAUGUUAGAUUUAAAUGAAAAGCACUCAACUGGAAGGGUGGAAAAACCUCUUAAUCUGGAAACACUAAUGGAGAUCCCAAGGCUUAUUCUAGGAGUUGAGGGGUCUGAGCAUGGACUCCUUAGGGAUAUUCCAUGCUCUGUUAAAAAAUGGUUUCACAAAACGUUUAGCUGGUCAUUCCAUGUCCAUUUCCAAAAAUGGACAUUUGUGCAUGGCACUGAAAAGCCUGUAGCAAUUACCUCAGGGCUUCUAGACUCUAGUCCUAGGAAGACACUUCCAUCUACUUUCAUCAAACCUCACCUAUGCAAAAGUAUAAAGUGAGUUCAUUUUGUAAUAAUGUGCAUAUCUGUGCUUUUUUAAAAAAAAAAAAAAAAACAAUUUCAGUAUAUAAUAAAUUCUUUAAGAUUGGUCAAACUUUGUGCUUUGACUUCAAGUCUGAAUUUUUAAGGGUCAGUUAGUAGGCACUGAAACUACAUAUCCAGAUAAACUAAAUUUCAUUUUGUACACCCCAAACCCUCCAGCAGGGGGAGCUGUAAGACCAUUUACAUUCAUAAAAGAAGGACACAGCACUGCCUGACACUUUAUACCAAACAAUAUAUUUUAUUUGUCUUCCAACACCACAGCCCAGCCUUAGGAAGUGGUUCAGUACCAAAUUCAAUGGAGUUACACAUGACAAGCAUCAACACAGGAGGGCUGGGGACAUGAGGACAACCUAUUAGCUUUUUCUGUUGUUUUUCCAUCAUUUAUUUUCUACAAAAAAAAAAAGAAAGAAAAAAGUUCACCACCC